AUGCCUCGAGGUCAGAAGAGUAAACUCCGUGCCAGGGCAAAACGCUGUCAGGCCCGAGGAGGGCUGGAAGAUCUGUUAAGUGCUCUGGCCAUUUUAGAAGAGGAGGAAGAACAUCCCCUCUCCUCUUCUGUUUGUUUGAAGGAUGUCCAGCAUUCACUUGAUGGGACAUCCAACAAUCCCCAUGGACUUUCGGGAGCCCCAUCCACCAGUGCAUCUGCUACGGCUGUUUCACACACAAGACAUACCGAAGGUUUCAACAACCAAACGGAAGAAAGACCAAGAUGCACACAAGAUCCAGAAGCCACUGAUAACUUUCCCAGAGGCCUUCUAGGUGAGAAAGUAGUUAUGUUGGUGCAUUACUUGCUGUUCAAAUACCAAACGAAAGAGCCCAUUACAAAGGCAGAUAUGCUGAGAAAUGUAACCCAAAUGUCCAAGAGCCAAUUCCCUAUAAUUCUGAGCAGAGCUUCUGAGCACCUAGAGCUGAUCUUUGGUCUUGACCUGAAGGAAGUGGAGCCUAAUAAGCACAUCUAUGUUCUUGUCAACAAACUAGACCCGGGCUGUGAUGUAGGUUUCAGCGAUGAGCCAAGCGUGCCCAAGACUGGCCUGCUGAUGACUGUCCUGGGUAUUAUCUUCACAAAGGGUAAUUGCGCCACUGAGGAGCAAGUCUGGAAAGUGCUUAAUAUGAUGGGAUUACAUGACGGAAUUGAGCACAUCGUUUUUGGGGAGCCCAGGAAGCUCCUAACCAAAGAUUUGGUGAAAGAAAAUUACCUGGAGUACCAGCAAGUGCCCAAUAGUGAUCCUCCAUGCUAUCAAUUCCUAUGGGGCCCAAGAGCCCAUGCCGAAACCAGCAAGAUGAAAGUUCUUGAGUUUUUGGCCAAGAUAAAUAAUGCAGUUCCCAGUGACUUCUCGCCCUGGUAUACAGAGGCUUUGCAAGAUGAAGAAGAGAGAGCCAGAGCCAGAGUGGCAGCCAAGGCUCGCAUUACUGCCAUGGCCCAUGCACGUUCCAAGGUUAAGUCCAGCAACCCCUCCCAACUGCAGUAA